AUGAGUAAUUCACGUAAAAGCACAGCCGCCUCUUUAUUACUACGUCAAUACAGAGAAUUAACAGAUCCUAAAAAAGCCAUACCAUCUUUCCAUAUCGAACUGAGUGAUGACGAUAAUAUAUUUGUGUGGAAUAUUGGUGUCAUGGUACUAAAUGAAGAUUCUAUAUACCAUGGGGGUUAUUUUAAGGCACAAAUGAAAUUCCCUGAUGAUUUCCCCUUUUCUCCUCCAAGUUUCAGAUUUACACCAGCUAUUUAUCACCCAAAUGUUUAUAGAGAUGGCAGACUAUGUAUUUCUAUAUUACAUCAGAGUGGUGAUCCCACAAGUGAAGAACCAGAUAGUGAAACUUGGUCUCCUGUACAAACCGUAGAAAGUGUUUUGAUUAGUAUUGUUUCAUUAUUAGAAGACCCAAAUAUUAACUCACCAGCCAAUGUUGAUGCUGCUGUUGACUAUAGAAAGCAUCCAGAUCAAUAUAAGCAACGAGUCAAGAUGGAAGUUGAAAGGUCUAAACAAGAUAUCCCUGAUGGUUUUAUUAUGCCAAAUUCUAUUCAAGAUGCAUAUUUAUCUUCUUCAAGCAUUAUUAAUUCUGCUACUUCUUCUUUUACUACUUUGGGUGCUAGUGGUAGUAAUUCUGGAAUUAUGAAUAAUCUCCCCACCGCUAUUACUAAUAAUAAUAAUAAUAAUAAUAAUAAUAAUAGUAGUAAUAAUAGUCUCGAUAAUAACGAGGCUAAUACUGAUAGUAGUCAUAUUUAUAAUAGUCAUACCAAUAAUAACAAUAACAGUAAGAUUCUAUCGAAACAGAACGUAGCAACGCAAAAUAAUAGAAAAACGUCAGAGUCUUUUUUCCCCUCUUGUUCGUCCUCAAAAUUAAAUAUAGCAAGUUUUAAUAAAACUGCCUCUGCUACUUUAGAUUUUGGAAAUAUAGGAUCUAGCGGCAGUACCAAUAGCGCCGAUAAUUUUUGGUAUGAUAGUGACAUCGAUGAGGAAGAAGAUGUGGAUAUGAUAUUUUAUGAUAGCGAGGAAGAUGAAGACGACGAUGAUGAUUAUGAUGUUGAAGAUAAUAGUAACGAUAUGAAGAAGAAAAAUAAAUCAUUAAAGAAGAAGAAUAAUGUUGAUAACGAUGACAAUGAAAGCUUUAUGGAUAAGACAGCAAAUGUUGUAAAGAAAGUGGCAGCUGAAUACAAUGAAUAA